AUGACGAUGAAGCGCGGCCACGGCUCCGGCAGGCUGGCCGGGGACGGCGACGGCGUGUUCCCCGACCCGCCACCAGCCGGAAACCGCGAGGUCACCUGCACGGGGUCGUCCGGCGCCACGUCCAAGCCCGCGCUACUCGAGCCCUGCGCCUCCGCCAUGGACUGCCCCGUGCUGCUCUCCUCCACCCUCCACGCCGACCUCAAACUCGCCGAGCUGGACGCGCUCUUCGCCGCCGACCCGCUCGCCAUCCUGGCCACCAAAGCCAUCGACUUCGCCGCCCCGGGCCCGGCCAGCCGCAUCCUCCCGCCUGGCCUCGCGUUGCGCGUGCCGGUCCCCUGCGCCUGCUCUAGCGGCGUCCGCAAAGCCACCUCCGUCCGCUAUGUCUCCUGCCCGGGGGACACACUCUCGCGUGUCUACGGCGGCCUCACCGCCCCGGACUGGAUCAGGGACUCCAACGGCGGCGUCCUCGACGCCGACGGUGCCGUCAACGUCGGGACCGCGCUGCUCGUGCCGUUGCACUGCGUGUGCUGUAACGCAGUGCCCGCCGUGUACCUCACGUAUGUGGUGGACAAAGGGGACACCGUGCCAGCAAUCGUGAAGAGGUACCAGACCACGGUCACCGACAUGAUGAGCGGGCGCGGCUCCGGCAGGCUGGCCGGCUACGGCUCCGGCACGUUCCUGGACAAGCUCGAGUGA